UGAAUUUUCUUCGAUAGAGCAGUAAAUUGUCGUUAUCUUAAUUAAUUACAAGUAAUCAAUAUGUUUUGGAAGGAAGUUUUUUUAACGAUCGCUACUCUCAGUGUAGUUUGGUCACAUCCACAUAGUAAUAAAUAUUUAGAAUCUCUUAGCAGUGAAGAACAUGAUCCACAAAAGUUACAAAGCAGUGAAGAACAUUUUGAUUUAAAUUUCAGUGCUACUUUUGCAAAAUCACUUGUUAAAUUGUAUCGUUGGAGUGAAAUAGAAACUACAGACAUAGAUAAAGAUAAAUUAAUCGAAAUAAUUUAUGAGAAAAUAAAUUUAUCGAAAGAACUUUGUAAUCACAGACCCACCACGGAGGAGAAAUUUGAAAAUGCAGUAAAGAAUAUACUUAACGGAGAGUUAAAAAAGGUAUUCGUAAAAAUGUUUAACUCAGAGAAAUUAAUUGAAAAAGUUUCCAAUGGAGACACAGAAUAUUUAGAAAACACGAAUAUAGUGGAACUUAGACAAUUUUCGAAUUAUUUAAGUUUUAUGAUUAUCAUCCAUUCAUUCAAGUAGUUGGAAACAUUGAAAUAUGUAUGUGAGACACAUCUGGACAUGGACACAAAACUAUCUGGAUUUUUCUAUCAACAACGUUUACUCUAAUAUUUUAAUUUCGUGAAUAAUAAAUAAUUGUGACUAAUCAAUACAUAGAUUUAAAAUUUUGUGACUUUUAAUUUGUUUUCAAGUUAAAAUAAAUUAUU